UAUUUCUUAUUAUUUGCUUUUAUCUCUUCAUCUCUAUCUGAAAACCAUGUCGCUUUAGUGAUGCAAAUUCUGUCUGAAAAGCAUGACAGCUUUGGUGAUGAAGAGAAAUUGAAGAGAAUAAGUGGAUUUGAUAAGUAAAAGGCGGCUACUGGUGGUGGAAGAAUUCAAUGGGAAAAAAAGCUCCAAAGUGGAUUUCAUCCGUGCACGCGCUUAAAGCUCAUAUGUCACCAUUAAGACCACAUGACGUUGGUGGUGCUACCAUAUCCAAAAUGAAGCUGUUAGAGAACCAGGAGGUGCUGCCAAAUGGCAACAUCUAUGAAUUCAGAGUUCAGGUCAAUAUAGGGGUGCUCUGUAUGAGUUGCUGGGUCUGAAGGUUAUACUAUGGGCUUAACAUGGCAAGAAGAAAAGAAAGGGCCCUAAACAGUUAGUGGAUUUCACCAGCUGCGUACUGCACAUAUGCGCUGUGAAGAAAUGAUUUUAGGUCUCAUGAGAAACUAAUCUGUACAAGCAGGUGAAGUUCAUUUCCCCCUUUCAUUUCACAACAAAUUCCCUUUCUCCCUCCGGAAACUCUCAGCCAAGUUUUCCGUCGACCUAGCUAUGAAUUUGAUGGUUGUUCACCAUGGGUCAAGAGCCGUAGUUGAAUCCGAGAGGAAGAACGAAUAAUGGAGAGAAUUUGGUGGUGUUUUAGACCAGAAACAGGGAGGAAAUUGAGCUACUGAAGUGGCUGAUUUUGUUGGGUAUUUGGGUUAAUCAGUGGCUCAGUUUUAUUAGGAGAUUAUAGCUCAAGUUUAAAGGCAGAGUGUGUGUCAAGUUCUGGGCAUAAAUCAGUCGAGAUUGCAGUCGAUCUAGCCAUGGCCGAUGGGUUUAUUUCGUAGAAUCAAGACAGUGGUUAGAGCAGUCAAGAAAUACAAGGAAUGGCAGGGUCAGCUGUGUGUUCAGGCAAGAUUUUGAGCUGAAACUCGGGUGGAAGUGAAGCUUUUGCUGUCUGAUUUUGGUGGAUUGUUUGGCAGGGUAGAUGGCUGGAGUUUACAGGGGGUUUAGGCACACAUUUAUGGUGGUAUUGAACAGAUUUGAGAUGCCGAAAAAGAGGAAGAAAACCAAAUGUUAUAGCAUGAUUUCAUGAGAAGAAGCAAUGAGUUUUUGAGACCACUUCAACUGCAACAAGAACAAGGAGAUGUGGCUGUGCUUCGGUGGUUUUGCAGCUCGAGUUUGGGGCUAAAUUGUGGUUUGAAUUAGCUGCAAUUUGCAAUGGAAGUGUGUCUGAAUGCUUGAACAUUUUAAUGGGUCUGUUCUAUAAUUUGAAAUUGCUGCAGGGAAGAAGUCAUUACCGUGGUCUGAGAUUUGUGACUGAUUUUGUACAUCUACAAAGGGAAGAACUGAAGUUAUGUUCUGGUGGUUGUAGUUCAAUUUGCAGGUUGAGUUGGGUACUGAAAUGAUGGUUCCUGUUAGUUGUUUUCGUGAAGAUUAAGAAGGGUUGAAGAGAGUCUGUGUGAAUGAAUUAGACAGGCUCAAAUACAACAUGGAGCUAGUGGCCUGGAAUUGGGGGAAAUAGUGGAGUUUCAAGAUGAAAAAUUCAGAAAAGCAAGUACUGUUGAUGUCCAACUUGUAUUGCUGCUGUGAUUUUAGUGGUUGUGUGUGGGUGACCCAGGGCUUGGCUUAGAUGAAUUUUGGUCUGUUUUCCUGCCGAGAAGAUAGUUAUAAAGUGGAGUUGUAGCCGUCCAUCUUCACUGAUAAAGGGUUAGGAUUAAAGACAGGAUUUGGGAGUUGCGAAGAUACAUAAGUUAGGAUCGUAAUUGAAAGGAACAAGGGAUAUAUAAGGGAACAAAAUAUCAACAAACACUACCUUUUCUUUCACCAGAAGAAGCUCGCCUGCAUCUGUUCUACACAACAACAACUUGUUUGAUGCCUGGAAAUCUCAUUUAAGGUACCAUUUCUUUGGUGAAUGCGUGGAGAGAGCAUACCAAGUCCAAUUGGUAUACGUCUUCGUUCGGGCACUCUACUAAAAGACUUGAUUCGAGCAGUGAAUACUCCACUUCCUCCUAGUUCCUCACCAAGUAAACUCUCGGCCUCGGACGAAGAGGAAGAGAACACAAUGGGAGGUCGACCACCUGCUCCAAGAACACUCAAGGAGCUCACUUCUCCAAACCUUGACCAUCAGCCUUUAUGUAUUCAGCUGAAUGAAACCAUUGAGUUGAACCCGCAAUUGAUUCACUUUCUUCCCAAAUUCAAGGGUUUAGCGGGAGAAGAUAUUAAUCAUCACUUGCAAUAAUUCCAUCAUGUUGUGACUAGUUUGAAGCAAAAAACUGCAGACGCCGAUAUGGCUAUGAUGAUAGCGUUUCCUUUCUCCCUUAUUGAUGCUGCAGGAGAAUAGUUCUUUUGCUUACCUCCUGGAAGUAUAACCACAUGGAAUGGGAUGAAGAAGUUAUUCCUUGAGAAGUAUUUUCCAGCAUCAAAAGAAGCAGUGAUUCGCAAGAAGAUUUAUGGUAUUAGACAAGUAUCCGGAGAGACUCUCUAUGAGUAUUGGGAGCGGUACAAGAAACUUUUAGCUAGCUGUCCACACCACCAAAUUAGUGAUCAACUCGUUAUUCAAUACUUCUAUGAGGGAUUGCUGUCUAAUGAGAGAAAUUUGAUUGAUGCUGCAAGUGGUGGUGCACUACCAACAAGACCAUUGCGGAAGCUACAAAUUUGUUGGAGAACAUGGCUGCAAACACACAACAAUUCUACACUCGAGGUGAACCAAUGGUAAGGAAAGUGAAUGAAGUUGGUGACUCUUCACAUUUGGAAUACAGGAUGGGUAACAUGGAGAGGAUGAUGCAACAAAUAGCAGCGGCUGUAAUACCAUCAUACAACGAUGAAGUUGAGCAAGCAAGUGCUAUGUACCAAAAUCAUCAAAGGUCAAGAUAUGACCUAUAUUCCAGCACAUACAAUCCGAGUUGGCGUGAUCAUCCUAAUUUCAUCUACGCCAAAAAGCAAGCUGCAGUUUCCAAUCCUACUUUCAAUCAACAAGGAGGGUACCAAUUCAUGCAAAGACCACAACAAGAAACUCAAGGUACUCUUAUGAUGCAAAAUAUGCAAGAGAUUUCAAAGACAAUGCAAGGGUUCAACCAAUUCCAGCAGAAAUCCGAGAUGGCUAUGAGAGAUGUGCAAAACCAAGUUAGUCAAUUGGCUAAUGAUAUGAAUCAACUCAAGGCACAAGCAGCUGGAAAACUUCCUUCGCAACCACUAAAUCAUAAAAAGAAUGUGAAUUCUAUUGAGAUACGAAGUGGAAAGCAAAUAGAGAAACCGACAGCAUCACCGGAGUCCCAUGAACGUGAUUUAGUGAAAGAAGUGGACGAAGCAGUCCCUAAAAAGGAUGAUUAGGUUACACAUUCUAACUUUAAACCUCUUAUUUCUACUUAUGUUACUCCUCCACCUUUUCCUAGCAGGUUUGCAAAAUCAAAUAAGGAGACGUUGGACAAAGAGAUUUGGGAAAUCUUUAAGAAGAUCGAAGUGAACAUUCCAUUAAUUGAUGCCUU